AUUAAGAGAGAGAGAGAGAAAGCAAAUAAAUAGAGAUAGGAGAGAUCAGAAACAGCAAAUAAAUAGAGAGAGAUGCGUUUGAUUGCGUUUACAACUCCCCUGUUUCUUUCACUUCUGUCAUUCACGCUUCUCCCGCAUAGAGCAAAAGCAGCUGAACAAUGCUUGGGCUCAAAUUACACGGCAGGAAGCAGGUAUGAGGAGAAUCUGAAAAGCCUCCUUCAAUCCCUCAAAGCCAAUGCCCCCAUCUCGAGGGGUUUCAACUCCACCACCUCGGGCACGAGCCCUGACCAAGCCUAUGGCCUUGCCCAGUGCAGGGGUGACACCACCACUGCCGAAUGCGAAGAUUGCAUGAACAGGACCACAACCGACGCCCUGCAAGUAUGUCCCAACAGGAAAGAGGCGAUCUUUUGGGACGAUCAGUGCAUCCUUCGCUACUCUGAUUCCAAUUUCAUCGGAUCAAUAAACACGAAUCGAUUUUACCUUUGGAAUGUAAACAAUGCCUCUGAUCCAGACUCCUUCAACCGGGAACUUGGUGGUCUGAUGAGGAACCUGACAUCGAGAGCUGUCUCUGACCCGCUACUCCUCUAUGCAUCCGGGAAGACUGUGUACGAUAAUUUUGUAACGAUUUACGGGCUGUUGCAGUGCACGAGGGAUCUCGAUGCUGCACUGUGUCGGAACUGCCUUGACAACGCCAUUGCGGACAUCCCCAAAUGCUGCAAUGGUCAUGUUGGAGGUCAAGUUUUGAGCGGGAGUUGUAUACUGCGGUAUGAAACAUAUUCAUUCUUCACACCCUCCCCUCCACCGCCACCACAGCCAAUGCCAAACUCGCCGCCGCCACCGGCUACGCCAAACUCUCUGCAGCCACCACCACAUGAAAAUUCCACCUCUCCAGAUGAAAAGAAAAAAUCAUCCACAUCAAGCAUUAUCGUCAUCGCGACAGUUAUUCCAAGUGCAGUUCUUUUACUAGCCAUAUGUCUGUUUUGUAUAUAUAGAAGAAAGACUGCACAAAAAGGAAGGAAUGAUCAAAGCCAUGUAUCACUUAAUCAGAACGAGAGAUCAAAUACUGGGGACAGAAGAGAACAAAUCGGACAUGGUGGUGUGGGAGGAGAUGAAAAUACGUCAUUGCUCUUUAAUUUAGAUACCAUUGUAGCAUGCACUGACAAUUUUUCUGAUGCAAAUAAGUUGGGAGAAGGGGGGUAUGGUCCUGUAUACAAGGGCAAGUUGCAAGAUGGGAAAAUGGUUGCAGUGAAACGACUUUCAAAGAGUUCAGGACAGGGCUUAGAGGAGUUCAAGAAUGAAGUCAUCUUGAUUGCCAAACUCCAACAUAGGAAUCUUGUGAGGCUCCUGGGAUUUUGUUUCGAAAGACAGGAAAAACUUCUGGUUUAUGAAUACAUGCCCAAAAAGAGCCUUGACACCAUCUUAUUUGAUCCAGAAAAGCGCCCACAACUAGAUUGGAUGAAGCGCUUCAACAUCAUUGUGGGUAUUGCCAAGGGGCUUCUUUAUCUCCAUGAAGACUCUCGACUAAGAAUUAUUCAUCGCGAUCUCAAGGCUGCCAAUAUUUUGCUGGAUAGUGAUUUCAAUUCUAAAAUUUCAGACUUUGGAAUAGCAAGACUUUUUGGAGGGGAUGAAACUCAAGCCAACACCAUCAAUAUUGUUGGAACAUAGUAAGUAAUUCAUUCCUUUGUAAUCUUAGUAUUCAGGCAAAUGGGUUCCCGAUUAUCUCAAUCUCAGCUCUCUCUC